CCUAAACACCAAUGCCUGCGGUCGCCUUGGUCCAUCUCUUAUCUCUUUCUACUCUUUCUACUUACGAGGCUCUCGCCUCGAUUGAUUUGGCGCUGAUCCGUAGCUGGAUAAUUCUGCAUUUGAGUGGCCGGAAGAAUUACUUGGAAGCACUAGGGAAUUUUUCCCGGGCCUACUUUGGCUGCUUUUCUAAUCAUCGCAUUCGUAGCUUCGCCUCGUGGCCUCCCACUUACGACCUCAACAGGUACUUUUCAGCUUUCUAAUAGUGGAGGCUUGUAUAUAUCUACCUCCGUCUCGAAUCUCAAGAUGUCGAUGUCUCUUACGAUACCAUAUAAGGCCGCAUGAGUUGACCUAUUCAUUGACCUAUUCAUAAUCAUAAGUUAUAACUCGCCGAUAACUCCGGACAAAAUACCUUGGGUACGGUAGAUAUCAUUCUACCGAUACAGCGCUGAAGCUCAUUGUUUUCAUACUUUCAUACGAUAAGUUUCCCGACCCAACGUAAGCUCAAAGCAGUGGACGUCUGUCAUGAAGAGCCUGUCGCCCGAGACGAUCCCGAUACUCAGCCGUUCAUAAUAUUAAUAUCGCUGGUCAUUCGGAUCAAUUAAACCACUCCCCAAGCCUAGAGAUCUACCUCUGUUAACGCGGGGACGUCGUCUAUUAGGGCAGUAUGGCGACAGUCCAACAGCUACACCAGGCUCCUACGCCAGCCUGCCCGCUUAACAAUGCCGGCGCAUCAAUCUCAGCUGUAGAAAUAGACAUAGAGCGAAACUUGCGACCGAGAGCCAUGAAAGGGUCCAAGACUACGAGCGGAUUGCAAAAAGGCGAUACUAGAACUGCUGUUAUCAUCUAUGGUCCCGGCCAAGAGCGCAUAGUAUCAGUUUUCGCAGACGUCUUAGGGAAACCGUAUCGCAUGGCCGACAGCUUUCAGGGCAUAACUUCUAUAGAGCAAGAAUUGGUACUUGGGAUCUCAUUGGGAAGCGCCAAGAUUGAUAUUUCUUCGCGAAAUCGAGAUGCGGUGGUUGCGAUUAAUGCCCACUGCGUCAAUCUCGGGAUGCCUCCGGACACUUAUAUAUCUGCGCAGUGCGACUACGAGUUCUUGUAUCCCGAAGCCUCAUUCUCACGUCGAGACCUAGCCCGCUUUAUUUCCUUCACCCUCGGUCAGAUUAACCACCAUGACGCAUUAAUGUCAAAGCCGCGCACUUAUUUCAUUUCGACUACAUUCCCUGAUGUCCGGGCAGCCCUUCCUAACAUAGAUAUUCUUACGGUUGGUGCUGACGCUGUAGAACUACGUGUCGAUCUUCUCAAAGAACCUUUAAAUGAUGGUAGUUUUGCGCCGAUACCUAGUCUAAGUUACGUUGGGGAACAGGUUAUGCUAUUGCGCCAGAGGACCGAAUUGCCCAUUAUUUUCACCACAAGAUGUACGAAGGAGAACGGUCGGUUUCCGAUGGAGAAUCCCGACUUGUACUACGAAUACCUCUUCCGGGCUAUCCAGUGGGGUGUCGAAUAUAUAGACGUCGAGCUUUGGCUUCCGGAACAUAUUCGUCGGAGACUGUACGAAAAACGCGGGAGCAGCCGUAUUAUGUCUGCGUUCCACGACUUUUCUGGUACAUUCAAAUGGCCUUCGGCCCAAGCAGAGUCUAUCUUCCUCGAGUCUCGAAAAUACGCUGAUAUCAUAAAAAUGAUAUCAAUAAUCAACGAUCACAACGAAAACUUCGAGUUGGAAUACUUCCGCUCGAAAAUUCGAAGCGAAUAUCCAGAUUCGCCCCCCUUUUCAGCCGUCAAUAUGGGUGAAACUGGUCAGUUCUCGAGAACUCUAAACAAAGUCUUCACACCUAUCACCCACCCUCUUCUUCCGAUAAUUGCUGCGCCAGGUCAGAUGAGUGCUGCUGAGAUUAAUGCCGCACUGUCAUUGCUUGGCCAACUUCCAAAGAAGAGUCUCUACGGAAUUAGUAGCCCAUUCUCUCGUAUUGCGACUCCUCACGCACCCUUCUACGAGAAGUGCUUUAACGAGCUUGGGUUACCGCACCAGUUUGCUGUUGUCGAAAGACACCUUAAGGGACCUACCUGCGUGGAGGCGUUGUGCAAUCAAAAAUCCUUUGGCGGGGCAUAUUUGAGUCCGCCAGUAUCCUUGGCAAGUCUCAUGUAUGAGAGCUCUUUCUUUGCGAGGCUUAAUAAUGGAUUGGGGCCAUCACUUACUGAAGCUGCUCGUACGAUUGGUAUGGUUGAUACCAUCGUUGUUCAAUCUCGAUCGUCUCCACCAUCCUCAGCACCUCCUGCUACUCCUUCGGGUUCUGACCGGAGUGUUGACACGUCCCUAAAUUUUGGCAUCGGCAAUUGUAACGGGCUACCACCAAGCUCGACACUAAUUUUUGACAACGCAAAUUGGCGUGGCAUCGUCAGUACUCUGACGCGUGAUCUUGCACCCUCGGCUUACUCUGGUCGUGCGGCUGUUGUCCUGGCAGCAAAUUCCGACGACGCAGCGUCAGCUAUGUACGCAUUGAAAGCGCUUCGAAUUGGUAAGGUAUAUACUGUUGGUUUCAAGACACCCCCUAGUCUAGCCCGCGGCCUCGAAGUCGAGCCCUUCAACAGCUUAGAGAGUCUCCAAAGAGCGAGGAUGGUGCGUGAUAAGGCGAGCCCUUUCGUAAUCAUCUCUGCUUUGGGACCCGAGAAGUCUAAUAUCGUCGGGAUGCUUGUGCGUGUGUUUGGGGGCUCAAGAGGCUCGUCCACGCAGAUCCGCAAGGUCUUUCUGGACCUGGCCGAUGGACCGAGAAGAGGAGACCCAAGCGCGGUUGCUGAACAGAGUGGCUUCGCCGCGUACGGCGUAGCAGAUACGACAGCAUUCACGACCGUAGAAACCCUUAGGUUGCUCGUCGGCCAAAAUGUGCCAUACAGCUUCGUGCGGCUUGCGGGCGGCCAGGGAAUGUUUUAAAGGAAUCGUAUAUAUAUACCCCGGGGAGAUAUGGUAGGAUAUUAGAUGCAUAGGUAGUGUUUAGGAUUCAAUAUAUGCAGAUUACCGG